UUCUGAGCGGAAUAACCUUAUUGCAUAUAUUUAAACGCUGAAUGAAGGAAUAGUUAAGUUCAUUAUCAUACUGAGAUCACAUGGAAAUUGUUCUAAUAAAAGCGUGCAUUUCGUCUACAAAAUAGUGUUUGUGUUUGGAUUCAAUGAAAAGGAUUUUAAUAGAUUUUUAGUCGAACAUAAAAGAGGGCAAUGUUACCCUCGACAGGAUUAUUUAAAAGUUAUAUUUGCCCUUAUUACGGUGGAAACACAGAUGAUAAUGAGGACGGAAAGAGCACUCAAAGUAACAUUGAGACAUCGACUAAUACAUGUCAACGUCCUUAUUGCCACUUUAAGCACAUCAAAAAAGAUGAAAUAGAAAAAUCUACUAGCGGUGCAACUGCUGUGCCUGAAUAUAAACCUACUCCAAAGCUACUAACGUUACAGGAGCUAAAUUUGCCUAUAGAUGUAAAAAGGAAGACUAAAUUGGAAUAUCAACCGGAAAAACCUGGAUUUAAUGCAUCACCUUCUAAAAAGCGAUGCUCACUUGAUAAGGCACCCAUUUAUAUCCCUGCGCCUACUUUAUCGAUAGGUGAGGAGACGCUUAAUGACAAUAGUCAGGGCAGUGAAGGCUUAGAUUUGAAGGAUUAUGCUGAAGAAUUGGAUGAACUGAGUAAUAUAUUGGAUAAUCAGAAUGAAACAACUGCUAAGGAUUUCAUAGAAAACAACACUACGGGUGAUAGUUCUAAAAACAGUAUUAAGCAAAAGUCGCAAAAUGAAAACGAGAAAAAUGAAAAUCAGGUUUCGCAAGAACGCAGUAAUCAUAGUGAAAAGCGAGAGAAGAGAUCGUCAUCUAAUUCACAAAGUAAACGGCAUAAACAUCAUAAAUCUUCAAAAUGCCAGGAAGUAGUGGCAGCAGAUAGUAAAGAACAUAAGCGAGAUGUUAAACGAGAAAAAGGGAGUUCCAAGCGAAGCGAUAGAGAUAGGUUGAGAAAGGAAAAAUGUGAAAAUAAGCCAUCCUCUUUAAAGUCAUCCUCUUCAAGGCAUAAAUCUUCCAGGAGAAGCAGUGAAUGCCAUGAAAAAAAUUGUAAAAAUUCAUCUACAAAACCAUUAUCCCAUGGAAAAGAUCAUUUGUCAGAUGCUUCUCCAACGACGUCUAAGGAAAGUAAAAUUUCCAUUUCGUCAAACAUAAGUAAAGAUAAAAGUGCAUCCAUAUCCUCUAAAUUAAUACAAGAUAGACCCGAUCCUGAAUCUGAUACAACUGCUUUAUUUGCUACUUCUGAUGAGGAAAUUAGAAAAGAGUGUGAAAUGAUCUUUGAUCAAUUAGAGCAAGAGUUUGCUACCCUGCAGAGCGAAACCAAAAAGGAGCCCGAGCUUGAACGUGACACUAAUGUAGGACCAAAACGUAAAGUUGCUCAAGAAGAAGAACAAUAUUCGGCUGCGCCACAAAAAAAGCGUGUGGCGUAUGAAAAUGCUGACAAACAGAAGAGUCAUGCAACACCUUCUACGGUCUUAAAACCGGAUCAUCGUAAAAAUGCUAUACAUUCCGUUUUUAAUAGACAGAAUGCUGUAAGACGAGAACAAGAAGAAGAAGCUAUCGCCCAAAAAAUUGCUUUAAGAGAAGCGGAAGAAAGAGUUAAAGAAGCGAAUGAAGCCUUACGCAAAGCACGGGAAAAAACACUUACGCCGUUGAUACCAACAAGUUAUUUAACACCGGUAACCAAAUCCACUACGCGUUUAAUCGCACCGGUGUCUAAUAUGUUAGCCUUACAAAGAGCAAAAAAAAAAGUUGAAGAAUUAAAAGCGGAGAAAAAGUUCGCGUUCACUCCUGCUCAGACUAGCAAGGCGGGCAGUAGAGUUGCGCAUAAAGCCACUGUUAAAACUACGCGAGUAGAACCAGAAAAGCAAUCAAAACCUCCUGUGUUAGAAGCCAAUUCCACAAAAAUUUCCUUUAAUAUUCGAAUGCAGUAUUAUGAGAUGAUGGUUAAGCACUCUUUAGCCAUUUAUCCCAAUUCGGUUGACGCUUGGGAAAGAGCUCAAGCCGAAGAAUUAGCUGUUUUUAAAAAAUGUAAUACUCCCGUUAUUUAUAAAAGUAGCGCCAUGUUAACAAUUAACAAAUUAAGAAAAGAAGCUGCGGACGUUGGCAAUAAAUCUUCACAAGGUUUUAAUAUAAUAUCACAUGAAGCCGUAUUAGCUGGUAAACUGGCCAACAAUAUGUCAUGGAGUGUACAAAAGAAAAUGAAAACCGACGCGGCAACGGGUAGCGAACCAUUUGAUAAAUUGUGCAGUGAAAAGGCCUACCAGAUGGUAUUUGAAUUGCAUUUAACAGAAGAACUUUUAGUGUCGAAUGGUUUUCCACGAGCAGGCAAACGUCCAGGUACAGCGAUUAUACAGAACACAAAGCCAACGAGAAAGCCUAACGAUACGGAACGUUAUUGCAGUCGUUGUGGCAAGGUAUUCAAUUUAUCAAUGUAUGAUCAAAUCUGUGUGGAUGAAUGUAAUUACCAUCCUAAGAGUACAGGCUAUAAAAGGGGAUUCGCUGACAACCAUCAUCGGUGCUGUCAACAACCAGCCGGCACGCCUGGAUGUACUUAUGGCAACUAUCACGUUAUUACUGACUAUGACGAAGUCGAAAAUUUAACUGGCUAUGUGACCACCAUUGAUAAAUCUAAUAAAUCUGACGGAUCCGAAUAUGUUCUUACUAAAAAGGAUAUAUACGCUUUAGAUUGCGAAAUGUGCUAUACCACAAGGGGUAUAGAGUUGACCAGAGUCACUGUGGUUGAUGUCAACAGUCGUAUAGUUUAUAAUGCUCUUGUCAAGCCAGACAAUAAAAUUGUGGACUAUAACACGAUUUAUUCGGGCAUUACUGAACAGAUGCUGGCCAAUGUCACUCGCAAUUUGCGUGAUGUUCAAGCUAUAUUGAUGUCAAUGUUUCAUUCAAAUACCAUUUUAAUAGGUCAUAGCUUGGAGAGCGAUUUAAAGGCUUUAAAAUUAAUUCACAGUGUUGUGGUUGAUACAUCCGUAUUAUUUCCUCAUAAAAUGGGACCACCGAAAAAACGAGCCUUAAAAACACUUUGCAUAGAAAAUUUAAAACGCAUCAUCCAAGAAAAUGAGUCUGGUCACGAUUCAGCCGAGGAUGCUGAAGUCUGCAUACAACUAGUGAAGUUUUAUUUACGCAAUAAAAUAAGUUAA